GAAGUGACCGCUCCCUCCCCAUCAGCGGAGCUUUGAUAAAAGUAAAACGGCAUUUGGCAUAGGUUUCUGGGCUCGUUUUAAGGCAGGAGGGAGUGGUGUCACAGAUCCCUCUCUCCCCCACUGUGCUCAGCCCAGAGUAGCCAGUCAGUAAAUAUUUGUUGAAUACGAUUAGAGGAAAAGUUCUGGUGGGAAAGAAUUCUAAACCAUAGCCACGUCUAAAAGUCUCAAUGAGACUUUUCCAGCAAGUGCGUCAAGAUUACCUUGUCUUCUCUAGGGAGCUAUGGACGUCGGAAAGAUGGAGCGCUUCUCCUGCAGUGUGAUUCUGAUCAUGGCCAUUUCCAAAGCGUUUGAACUGGAAUUAGUUGCUGGGUUGGGCCACCGUGAACUUGCAAGGAGAGAGCCGCCCUUAAGAGAUGCCAGCGUUCGGUCCCGGGAGGAGCCUGCGGUUCGACACCGGUCUUCCCAGUUUGUGCCGACCUUAGGCAUCCAGGAUAGUAAGGAGUUAAACAGAACUUGCUGUCUGAAUGGGGGCACCUGCAUGCUGGGGUCCUUCUGUGCCUGCCCACCGUCCUUCUAUGGCCGCAACUGUGAGCAUGAUUCCCGGAAAGAGAACUGUGAGUCGGUGCCCCAUGACACCUGGCUGCCCAAGAGAUGCUCCAUGUGUAAAUGCUGGCGUGGCCGGCUUCACUGCUUCCGGCAGACAUUCCUACCGGGUUGUGAUGGCCAUGUGAUGGAGGAGCACGUCCUGGUCUCCAGGACUCCAGAAUUAACACUGUCUUUGGGCACCACUUUCUCACUGGCUGGCAUCUGCCUCACUUUACAAAGUUACUGUUAAUGGACACUUGCAUAUGCAGUAUUUUGUCAUGCGAGUUUCAUAACCUGUAAAGGCUGUCACUCCCGUGUCCCCAGAGAUGAUCAUUGGUUUGUUGCCUUGAAAUAGUGAAUAGAUUUUCAUCAUGGUCCCUAAUAUUUUCUUCAAGUACCAACUACUUUCC